CACGUGUUACUCCAUGUGACCGCUAAGCGCUCAAGUUCGCUUGUAAGUAGCGCCAUCUGGUCGGCGUGAACUCACCUACAUGAACUACGUUUCGUUGAUUGAACCCGUCAGUGAAUCAGCUGAUCGCCUUACAUUACGUGGAAGAGAAUCAGCUGUGCGCGACAUGGACGAACUGGCGAGCGAGGAUCUCGAAAUACCGCCCGCCAAAUACGAGUAUCUGGAUCAUACCGCGGACGUACAACUGCAUUCAUGGGGUGACACCAUGGAGGAGGCUUUCGAGCAAUGCGCGAUGGCCAUGUUCGGUUACAUGACGGAUCUCGAGCGCGUGCAGGUCGCACAGGUGCACCACAUCGAGGCCGAAGGUGACGACAUGGAGAGUCUACUCUUCCACUUUCUUGACGAGCUGCUCUUUAUGUUUAGCGCCGAGCCGUAUAUAAUCGCCAAGAAAGUCAAGAUUACCGAAUUCGACCGAGAAGGGUUUAAAAUCAAGGCAACCGCGUACGGCGAGGAGUUCACAAUUGGCAAACACACGCAAGGCGCAGAGGUAAAGGCCAUCACGUAUUCGGCGAUGCAGAUCAACGAUCGCCCGCAGGUGGAGCGGCCCGAAAUCUUCGUGAUCGUCGAUAUAUGAUAUUACCCUCGCCCGUCGAUCGCACUGCACACGUACCUCAACGAUAUCUUGCUGCACAACUUUCUGGUAAUGCUCUAACAGCAAAAAAGUAGUGGGAAAGAAAAGGGGGGUUACUUAGCUUGAACGGGUGGCCCGUGGAAAAAGUAGGGAAAGGUAGCCGAAGGGCAAGAAGGGAAACCGUAUUCCUCCCCUACGGUCUACAUAGGAGCGAUCCUUUUGUACUUGUCCCGUAGGGUUCAAAUAAAUACGUUACGAAGAAUGCACCGGGCCCCCCUUCUUCUUGGGUCGACUUGACUCAGGCGUGUACUAAGAUUACUCGAACUCCCGGCAAAGCGCAAUAAAAAAAGCAAGGGAUUAGCCGUUUGUUAUAAGAAAUGCAUGCGAGUUUUUAUUAUUAUCGAUGUUACCUGUAUUUUUUUUUUUUUUUUUUUUUUACUUAUUCAAUGUUGUUUACAAAAUAUAAUCAAUACGAGUCUUUCUACUCCAGCUAUUGCCUUUAAACUACGGUUCUCCUUUAACUUUCUCACUACACAUCUCUUUCGCAAUGAUCAUGCGGGAAAGCGAGA